AUGGCUCAAGGCGGGUUCGAUAUUGACUUUAUAACCAUCAAUCAGAUUGCAUAUACCUUCAACAAGCUAGUCAACUCAAACAACCAUGCGUUAUAUCGAGAUCAAUUGAUCAACAUGGCACAGGAGUGUCUUGAAUUCAUGAACCAGUACAGCUCACUACAUCCCUCGUAUGAAUCCUUGGUGUCCUAUUUGGCAUCGCAGGAAGUGGACGUUUCAUCAUACAAUGGCCAAUGGGCAAAGAGGCUAAAAACCGAAGCAAACAACUGCGCCAACGAGGUGGCGGACGAAUUGACUGCGCUUCAGAUCAAAAACGUGAGUCGAAAACAAGUCUCGGGGCUAUACAGCCGAGUGCGAGCUGGUUUCAUUUCACGAAUAAUACAAACAGAAUACCAAGAGGCAGCGAGUCUACUCAACAAGUACGGGUCCUUGGCGGAGUUUUCUACGCAGCCCAAGACAAGAGAACAGUAUCAGGACAACAGGUAUGUCGAGUACUUGUUCUUGAAGUACGUGGCAAACGCGUUUAGCCUCAUUUGGUUCCCCUUGGAUGACAACAAGUACACUGUUGCCUCGGGCGUCUACGUGAAAGAAGGAGACAAACUAUUGUACUCGAGUUCAUCGUUUAAGCCACUAGACAAGAUUUACAACCAAGUCACUGCCUACCAAAAGAAAAACGAGUCGCUAUUCGAGCAGCACGAUGACGAAAUGCGGUACUUUUGGAUCAUUAGAUUUCUCCAUUUGAGUCUACUUUUUAAGCAGUUUGAAUUUAUACAAUUUCACAAGGAGUUUAAGGACAUGUUUAUAACGCACAAGGAGCCGUUGGCGUAUUUGAUAUCCGAUACGUCAUUGAUCAAGAGCAAUCUUUUAGUGAUGUUCACCAUGGUCACUAUUUUCCUCAAGCCGUUCAAUUCGUUGAGCUUGGUCAAUUUUGAAAGCGACGAUUUGAUUGAGUUUUACCACGAAGAUCCCAGCAAGAUCGAGCACAAGUUUUACAAUCAAGUUGUCAAGCCUCUUAGCGAGGGCGACACCAAACAAGUGAAACGGGUUUUCAACAAUGGUGUUUUCCUCCGCGAGCUUGUUGCUUAUCUAGAAUACAACUUGCCGAUUUCAACGUCAAAGUUUUCAAAUAACACCAGCUCCUUCAUCGAGUACAUGAAGGUCAUUAUCGAUAGCAAGCUAUUCCUCACCAUCAUAUCCAACACAAGAGCAAUUCCACGCUCUCAAGUGUUGAAGCAUUUGGGCUAUGACCUUACCAAAAUGAGCGAGCAAGAACUCUCCGAAGUGUCUAAACACUUGAUUGGAUUGAUUUCGGCUCUCGGGUUGGGGCAGCUAGGAAUAGGCUACCACGCGAGCGAGCAAGUAUUUUUCAACCACGGCCCACCGCUGACAAAAACCCAGCUUGCUCGAUUGCAAAAUGACAUUGACGAGGUCCAGCACGAAUUGAAAGGUGACGUGUUGUCAGGGAUCAUGACCAAUCUACUUCUUGAAAAAUAUCACGGUUAA